CAACAUGUAAUUCACAUAAAUUUUAAUUUGUAUUGGAAAGCAAACACAUAACAAAAUACAAACUUCGAAUAAGACAGCACAGACAUACAAACAUGGAUACUUUUGGAAAAGACAAGGUGUCUAAAUGCGCCAAACAGCCAAUCGGCGAUUUCAUUUACAUACCGCCGACAAGCUCAAAGCAACGUUUAGAAAAUGAAGCAAGCUCUGCUCCAACUUCAGCCACAAACUUUAUCAUGGAAGGCCCCCCGCCGCCGGAUGAGAGGAUCGACUUCCUAGGCAACUGCGUUCAAAAGACUAUGAAACUCAAACCAGAGAAGUGGACGAGGCUGAUGGGGAUUGAAGAUUACAGAAACACGGUCUACGAUUUCUUGGACUCCGCAAACACCUGGCUGUUAGUCAUUUCUCAGAACAACGCAGCACAGCUUAUACCGUCGACAAGCUUUCCCGUGAUUUUGAAGAACAAAGGGGCUUACUUUGUUAAAAAGAAUAAAGGCCCCGUUCCGAAAACUGAGUUGAACCAUCACAUAAUUUACGGAGACUUGGCGACAAAGCCAAUCGAACAGCUCGCCAUUUUAGUCGACGAGAUAUUCGUCCCUCUGCUGUCGAACAAAAACAAUCACAAAAAAUGGCCCUCUUCAGUCGCUCAGGACAUAAGCCAGCACGUGCACAGUCUAAAAAGCACCGUGUACCAGGUGAGAGGGUACGUGGCAGGGAAAACGGUCCUGCCCAUGCCGAUCGGCAUAGACAGAGUACACGAGGUGACUAAAAAUUUAAAAGAGGAGAACGAGACAACGGUAGACCUUUAUUUAAAAUCAUCCAUAGAAGGUGUCGUCAUCAAAUGGGCUAUUCAAAUCAACGACGUUCUGUCUGAGGAAUCAUCCAAGGCGUUCGCCAACGGUCAAAAUCCCACCCCAAACUCUGAGAUCCUUUUUUGGAACAAUCGGAAAGAAAAUCUUCAAUACAUAUACGAUCAAAUGAGAGAAGAUAGGGUGAGGAAAAUGGCAGUGAUACUCGAACACACAGAGAGUGCUUACUGGCCCUGCUUCAAAGACAUAUUUUUCAACGUUGUUUCUGCCCUGACGGAAGCCAACGAAAUAAAUGUUUAUUUGAAACCGUUAGAGGUUCACUUUGGCCUCAUCCAAGAGACGGACUUUUCGGAUGUUCUUCCCUGUUUCAUUCCGUUGAUGCAUACAGUCUGCCUCGUCUGGAGCCGGUGCAAAUACUAUUGCAAUUCCGGUAGAAUUAUCGUUCUGCUUAAGCAAAUAACGAAUUUAGUUAUCGAACAGGCCAAGAAGUACUUAGAUCCAAGUUCAAUAUUUCAAACAGAUAUAGAUGAAGCACUGCAAAGAGUUCAAUUAUCUCUUUUUAUUCUUAAACAUUUUAGAAAAACCUUUGAUGACUUCAAAGACAAACUGCCCACAUAUUUCACUGGUGAUGCAGCACCUCAACUAUGGACAUUCCACCCAAACAUUGUUUUUGAAAGGUUUAAUAAUUUCACCGAAAGGCUUCAGACAAUUGAAAAAUUUUUCUUGACAGUUGUUGAAUUUGUAAAACUGGAAAGAGUUGAGAUCGGCAAUGUGAAAGGAAGCAUCCUUAGCGCCCAGCUCGUCGAUAUUUCCCAACAGUUUAAUACUUAUUUUACAGAAUUUUCCAGCAAAUCGUAUGAUGUCUUGAAUCCAGAUGACAAAACUUUCAUGGACGAUUAUGCUAUGUUUCAGUCGAACAUAAGCGAUCUUGACAAGCGCUUAGCUUCGAUUUUGUGCCUGGCUUUUGAUGACUGUUGCAACCUGGAAGGUGUUUUCAAACUUUUAGAAAUAAUUGGAUCUUUUCUUGAAAGGACAUUAAUCAAACAAGAAUUUAAUGGAAAAUUUGAAAUUAUCCUCGAAAUGCUUUCUACAGAAAUUAACACAAUUGAGGAAAUUUUCAGUGAGCAGAUGGGAAAAUUUGCAACGACUGGUCAUGUAGAUACUGAUAGAGGAAUGCCACCUGUGGCCGGAGGAUUGAGAUGGGUUGCGAUGCUUAAGGAGCGUUUAAAUUAUUCUGUAAUCAGAUUUAAAGCUUUAGAUCAUAAAAUUUCUAAAGGACACAGAGCGAAUAGUUUGUACAAAAAAUAUGAUAAU